ACCUGCCUACAACAUCUGGCAUUAUCGAUUACGCGCGCGGGAUGGCCGACGUCGGAGGAAGACCGGACAAAAUUCCGGCGAAGUUUUCCCGAUUUAACUUCGCCGUCAAUCAUAACCCCCUCCAUCUGGGCAUAUCAAAGAGUGCAUCCAGCCUAUUGCUUGGUGAAAAGUUCGAUAAUUACGUUAUCGUGUCCUUAAUUCGAUCGGGAGAGUCCGUAGAAUGUGGGCGUGAUGUUGAACUGUUCGUGUGUUUACACAUUCUCAGUGAUGAGCUGGUACGAAGGUCGAUAUCACUGUGCCAGGUGUCGGAGAGCCCGGGGACCCUGACGCUGUAUGCCAGCGAGCGGUUCCAUGGACAUUACAGAAUUGCCGACUCGGAGGAUGUCUUCAUCCGAGUAGUCAAGGCUUUUCCUCUGACAAAAGUUGUGUUUGGGGCAAGAUCAGCAAGGUGUUACGAGUGGGCCCGAAACCGUCUUUUCAGCACAGAGCUGCUGGUGUCAACAUGCCAGCAAAAAGUCCUGGUUCGUUCUGGCGAUGAAUUCCUUGCACCUGUGAUUCACAAGUUUAGUAGGGAUGAGACGCACAGUCUCUCAAAUUAUCAGGACCUGGUUGCCCUUGAGUGUGAACCUGUAAUGCAGGGAAUCAUAUCUGUCAAUACUUCCAUUGUAAUCACACACAUUGAUGACGGUAGGCAUUCUCAGGUAGAGGUACCCAGAGGAAAAGAGGAGAUUGAUGACGAAGCCUUGAGAAAUGGUUUUCUCAAUGGGUUUCCAGAUCCACUUAUCAUAUCUGAAUUCGCCUGCCAAAGGGAUGCCCCUAAUGUGCUUUAUCUGAGACCGGUGAUUAUUCCCAAAAUCUCGACCCAUGUAACUGCAACUGUCAAUCACCUGACAUGCACUGAGGACCAGUGCGAGACGGAAUUAAGAGUGGGCGUCACUAAAGCCACUCUCAUUGAACUCUGUGCCUUAAAUGGUAGCUGGGUAGUUGUGUCCAUUCCUUGUGGCGAAAACGGCAGAGAAAGUGACACAGAGUUGGUUGAACAACCUGAUUCGGUGCCGCAAGAAAAGGGCUGCCAGGAUGUCGAGACAUCUCCAGAAAGCAUGAAAGUGACAGACAUCGAGGCUGCGAAGACUGCCAAAGAAUCAGCCCAUCUUGCCCAGGUGUUUGUCAUUGAUCAGAAGCAGUUUGGGACGGCCUCUGAUUUGAAAGAUGGCGAUGAUAGAAAUGUUGCAGAUGCAUCAUACGACAAGGAGAGAAGGGAUGGAGAAGAUGAAUUAUUUCCAGAUAAUGAAGUCUUGUUUCUCUCGCCUCGUCUGUGGUUCAAUCUCCAGCAUCAUCCAUCGCGGCUUAUACAACCAGACGCGGUGGUUUCAAUAUGGCUUGCCAAGAUGGAGUUGGAGCAGCGCGACAGUAUCUUAGCCAGUUCCAAGAGCAUCUCAACAAGCUGUCAGCCCCCACUGGCCAGGGAAAUCCACCUGGGCCUAAUCAAAUCUCCCGACUACCCAAUGACCAGCAAGUUUGAUCAGGCCAUCAAGAAAUACUUCACAGAGGCAAGGAUCGUUUCACUGGGUGAUGUGGUGACCCUGAGCACCAAGGAGUUUCCAGAAUACACACAUGACAUCAGCGAGGGGGUGCACACUCGUUAUCCAUUCAUCUACUUCAAAGUGAUCAAGAUAGAACCACAGGUAGAGGAGGCAGUUUCGUACAUGGUUGAUUCCCUGCAUACUACAGUAUUUCAGGGAGCUCCUGUAUCAAGCUACGUCCCAGCUACCACUGAUGCAUACAGCAACAGUAAGCUGGACCCUAUUUGGGGAUCACCAAGCCCUGCUGGAGUCUGGAAGUAUGCAGACCAAAUAGAAGAUCUAAUCAUUCCGUACUUGAUCCCAAAGUCCCAAUGCACCAGGUUGGCUCCUUCCCUCCUGCUGUCAGGCCCGACAGGCUGCGGUAAGGUCACCGUGGUGAGGUCCGUGUGUCGCAGGCUCAACCUACACUGCGUGGUGGCCAACUGUCAUGACCUUUGUGCCGACACCACGGCGUCCACUGAGGCUAAAAUCAAGAAUCUCAUGUUCAAAGGUGGUAUGUGUGCUCCCUGUAUUCUCGUCAUGAGGAACAUCCAAGUCUUGGCUCGAGACAGAGACGGCACUGGCGAAGAUCCCAGAGUUGCAGCAUCUUUGAAGGAGGCCAUCCAAUCACUGUCGAGUACUCACCAUGACUACCCUGUGGUUGUCAUAGCAACUGCACCUACUACCAAAUCAGUACUGACUGAUCUGCAUGCAUGCUUUCUACACCAUCAAGAAAUGAAGGUGCCUAAUGAACAAGAGCGGACUGAGUUACUGCAGGCCCUCAGCGAGAAGGUUUCCCUGGCAACGGAUGUUGACAUCGCGUAUAUUGCCAAAAGAACUGCUGGCUUGGUGCUUGGUGACCUUUGUGCUCUGCUUUCUCAUACCAUCAGGUCAUCCACGGCAAGGGUCAUCAGUUCAUGCUCCAUUGGAAGCAAGUUAUCAAUUGCUGAAGAAAAAGACCUCUGUACUGCUGGCGUCCAGGUUAACAAUGUUGACUUUGAGAAUGCCCUCAAUCAGCUACAAGCAGCACAUGCAGACGCCAUAGGGGCACCUAAGAUUCCCAAUGUAUCGUGGGAAGACAUUGGGGGCCUGGUGGAGGUCCGCGCCCAAAUCCUGGACACCAUCCAGCUGCCCUUGCAACACCCGGAGCUGUUUUCAGCCGGACUGCGCCGCUCGGGCGUCUUGCUGUAUGGCCCGCCCGGCACGGGCAAGACACUACUGGCUAAGGCUGUAGCUACUGAAUGCUCACUGAACUUCUUGAGUGUAAAAGGCCCAGAACUGAUCAACAUGUAUGUAGGACAAAGUGAAGAAAAUGUGAGAGAGGUGUUUGUGAGAGCAAGGAGUGCCUCGCCUUGUGUCAUCUUCUUUGACGAGUUGGAUUCCUUGGCUCCCAACAGGGGUCGGAGUGGGGACUCAGGUGGAGUCAUGGACAGAGUUGUGUCACAGCUGUUAGCUGAGUUGGAUGGCCUGCACAAGUCCACCGACGUCUUUGUGAUUGGCGCCACCAAUCGGCCAGACUUGCUGGAUCCGGCCCUUCUCAGGCCAGGCAGAUUUGACAAGCUGUUAUACUUGGGAGUGAGCCAAGAUCGCAGCUCCCAGGUCAAAAUAAUCCGAGCCCUGACAAGAAAGUUCACUCUUUCGGCGGACAUCACACUGGAGUUGAUUGCUGAGAACUGCCCCUUGACAAUGACCGGCGCCGACUUCUACGCCUUGUGCUCGGACGCCAUGUUGAAUGCCGUCAAACGGAAAAUUGACCAGCUUCAGUCAGGAGACUCUUCCGACGAAACCAGCGUGGUGGUUGAAGAGCAAGAUUUUUUCUCGGCGUUGGAAUCACUCGUUCCUUCAGUCUCGGAGCAGGAGCUCCUGCAUUAUCAGCAGCUGCAGGCCCAAAUUAGCAGGGGAUUCUAACGUUCUGGUACCAAAACAAAAAGGAAAACAGAAUGCCUGCGCAUGAUGGCCUGACAUAAAUACAUGUGUAGCAACUCAAGUGGACUUUUGGACCCUUGGUAGGCUAUCAGCUUUGGUCAAAAAAUUGGGCCACCGGUAUCAAAUGAUCGAAAGGAGCAAUAUGCUUGUAGCGAUUUUUGGCAAGGUAUGCACAUCUAGAGUUGGAAAAUGUGUGAUAGCUUUGCAGUGUGAGGGUGACAGUUUCUUGGGUGUUUUUUCCCUUCAAAAUGGCCGGCAAUAUGCUUGUUGCCAGAUUAAUUAUAUGUGGUAACAAGCAUGUUUUGGCUGCCAUUUUUUAAAAGUGAUAGCACCCAAACAGCUGCUACCGCUGCAGUGCUAUCACAUAUUUUCCAACUACAGGGGUGCAUACCUUGCCAAAAAUCACAAUGAUCAUUAUUCCCCUCAUUUGAUACCGACCAAACCCCCAGGCUGAUUGGCCUAUGGCAGUUUCAUAGAACUGCUAUGGCAUCAUCUCAUUAAAUAUCGGAAUAUUGAAUCUUGCGGUUAUCAGUAGUGUUGACCAAUUGUAUGAUAACUUCACUGAGGAAGGAUUCUGGGGAAGUUGCUCAGAAUUUUGCAGCAAAUACAGGGUGGUUAAAAAAAAAGGACACCCACAUUUGACAGCAAUUUUCACCUAUUUUUAAAAAUUAUUUUUAACUGUCGAUUAGUUUCUAUUAAAGUACUGGCCUU